AUGACGCAGCGCGCCCUGCGGCGCUCAGAUAAACACGGCUGCGCAGCCACGGGCCCGGAAAAUACUGUGCGCCGCGCUACGCCACAUCGCCACCCCCUAAAACAGCCACGCCUCCCUCCGUCGCACACCAGCGACAGCACCGUCCGACACGACUGCUCACUUCGCCGCCACCACCUGCAGCUUGUUCUCCCGCAAAAGCACGAAGGCCUCAGUGGCGUCAAGGGCACUGGGCCGCCCCCGGUGUCGACGUCGCGACGCUGCAGCCGCGAUCGUGACCGAGGUGGCGGUGGCGGCGGCGGAGGCGGCGGCGGAGGCGGCGGCGGCGGUGGCGGUGGAGCCGUGGGAGCGUCGGGGCGCGCAUGCGCCAUCGUCGUGAGGACGUCGGCCCGCGGCGGCGGCAGCGGCGGCGGCAGUGGCGGCGGAUCCAAGGCGCGUUGCCUCUCCUCAGAUACCAUGGACCACGAGCAGCAGCCGCAGGCGCAGCAGCCGCAGCAGCACGAGGCCGAGCCGGAGGACGCCGGCGACGCCAGCACAGCAAUGUUUAUCGACUGCAAGACAUCGAUGGCGGCAGCGCAGCCUCCUCGUGGCCGGCGCGUCAUGGCAGCACGUGGCGUGCUGGGCUGCCCACGUUGCGCCUGCGUCAGACGGGAGGCGGGCAAACCGCGGCUGCGUCAAACCGCGCCGUCUCCCGCGAUGUCACACGCCGUCAUCGUCACAAACAAAGGCGCUGACUAG